AUGUUAGCCUCAGCAAAACUCUGCUUCACAAUCCACAUCUCAUGCACAGCCCUUUCCUUGUUCGUCCUAUCUUGCGCGGCAUUCACCGCGCAAGACUACGAAAAUGCCCUCGACAAAUCGAUCCUCUUCUUCGAGGGGCAGAGGUCCGGUAAGCUGCCGCCUAACCAACGCCUUACGUGGAGAGGCGACUCUGCAUUAACCGACGGCUCGAGUAACAAUGUGGAUCUUUCGGGAGGCUACUACGAUGCGGGAGACAACGUGAAAUUCGGUCUGCCGAUGGCGUUCACGACCACGCUGCUCGCGUGGAGCGUGAUCGAGUUCGGCGACUCCAUGAAGAGCCAUGUGGGGCCCGCGAAAGAUGCCGUGCGUUGGGGAACGGACUAUCUACUCAAAGCUGCCACGGCCGAACGGGACGCGCUUUACGUGCAAGUCGGGGACCCGAACACCGACCACAGAUGUUGGGAAAGACCCGAGGACAUGGACACGGCCCGUAACGCCUACAAAGUUGGGCCUUCAAACCCGGGCUCGGAUGUCGCGGCUGAGACUGCCGCAGCAUUGGCGGCCGGCUCGAUCGUGUUCAAAAACUCCGACCCUUCGUACUCCAAAAGGCUACUUCAAACAGCAAUGCAGGUGUUCGAUUUUGCUGAUAGGUAUAAAGGGUCGUACAGCGACUCAUCGCUUAGCUCGUUCGUGUGCCCGUAUUACUGCUCAUACUCCGGUUAUCAUGACGAACUUUUGUGGGGGGCGUCGUGGCUUCACAAAGCUUCAAACAACGGCUCGUAUUUGGGGUACAUUCAGUCUAACGGUCAGACGCUAGGUGCAAAUGAUGACGAUUACUCGUUCAGCUGGGACGAUAAACGGGCCGGGACCAAAGUGUUGCUCUCACAGGGGUUCUUGGAGAAUAAUAUUCAACAGCUUCAGCUGUACAAAUCACAUUCAGACAACUAUAUAUGCUCUCUAAUUCCAGGCUCACCCAGUUUCCAGGCUCAGUACACUCCAGGGGGUUUGUUCUACAAAGAAAGCGAAAGCAAUCUACAGUUCGUCACCACAUCGACUUUUCUAAUGCUGACAUAUGCGAAAUACCUAAAGUUACGAGGAGGGGCCGUCUCGUGCGGGACCUCGACCUUGGGCCCGGAAAAUCUCAUUGCCCAGGCGAAAAGGCAAGUGGACUACAUAUUAGGAGAUAAUCCCGCAAAAAUGUCUUACAUGGUGGGGUUUGGGUCGAGGUAUCCUCAGCACGUGCACCACAGGGGCUCGUCGUUGCCAUCAGUGCACACACACCCGGCCCGGAUUUCAUGUAAUGACGGGUUUCAAUACCUCUAUUCGGGCUCGGCAAACCCAAACAUUCUUGUGGGGGCCAUCGUGGGCGGGCCCGAUAAUCGAGAUGGUUUUGCAGAUGAUAGGAAUAACUAUCAGCAGUCUGAGCCCGCGACUUAUAUUAAUGCUCCGUUUGUCGGGGCUCUGGCUUUCUUUUCGGAAUAA